CGCGAGCGGUGCAUGCGUCCGCGCAGAGCCCCGCCUCCUCCUCCUCUCCCCCUCUCCUCCUCCUCUCCCCCUCCCUCUCAGAAACAGACAGGAUGUCGGACGCAGCGGCUGCAGGAGAGCCGGGAUUAAACGGCUCGUGGGUGGAGCUCGAGAUGAACCGGAACUCGCCGGAGACGUCGCAGACCGCCGCGCCAGGCACGUCCAGCUUGGUCCAGGUUGUCGAAGAGGACGACGGGAUAGUCGGAGGGCUGGAACACGUUCCUUCUUCUUCCUCCAUCCAUAACGGGGACAUGGAGAAGAUUCUGCUGGAUGCUCAGCACGAGUCCAGCCGCAGCAACUCCUCCUGCGACAGUCCACCACGUCCCCACAGUCCACAGGAUGAAGGUCAGAUCAGCUUCGAUGUGGGCAGAGGAGAAAACCAGGAGGCCCUGGAGAAGUUAACAGAUGAUGAAAUUCUGAUGAAGGACUCAGACUGGGUGGCUGACUGGUCCAGCAGACCUGAGAACGUUCCUCCAAAGGAAUUCCAUUUCCGGCAUCCUCGGAGAUCAGUCACACUCAGCAUGCGUAAAACUGGAGCCAUGAAAAAGGGAGGGAUCUUCUCCGCCGAGUUCCUUCGAGUGUUCCUCCCGUCACUGCUGCUUUCACACUUACUGGUCCUAGGGCUCGGGGUGUAUAUCGGGAAGAGAUUGACGACUCCCCCUGCCAGCUCCUUUUAAGGAUCAGACUCCAGAAGCAUCUCAGACGUGUGAAUUUGACAGAAUGUUGCAGUUUGUACAAGAAAACAUAGCCCCACUUUUUUAAAAUGAAAAAAAUCAUGGCUGUAUGAUGAAAAGUGCCAUAUAUGUACAAGGAGGCAGAUAAACUCUCUAUCUCCAAUGUAUCCCCCCCCCCCCCCUUUUUUUUUUGUUCUGUAUUGUCUAGACUGAUUGCAAUUUGUCAUCAGUGUUAUGCAGGUGGACACCAAGGGGGUGGGGUUUUAAACAUAAAAAAAAAAAAAAAAAUUAUUAAAAAAAAUUCAGAUGUGAUCCUGGAAAAUAUUACAUCUAAAAAAAAAGAAAAGAAAAGAAAUCAAUUAAUAUAUCAGUAAAAAUAUUUUCCUUUAUAGCUCUUUAACAAAAUUCAAAUAAUAAUUUUUUAAAGUAAAACUAUAUCUCAGUAUUUUGGAUUUAUUACGCCGUUUUUAAUUGUAUUUUUUUCCAAGUAUUUUUCAGAAUCCAGCACAGUCAUUAUCAUUUCUGCUUUUUUUUCCAAUACAGUAUGCGCAUUUAUACGUAUAUCAGUUAUGAAAUUAACAUUUUGCUUUCUAAUAAUCUAAAUCUCAUUUCCUCCAUAUUGAUUAGGUUUAUAAAAAUGUAUUUUCUGAUAGAUCAGCAACACUAACCAGACAAAAACUAAAUUAUACCCUGACACCAGUAGAGGGCGCCUGAGUGCCGCUUUAUAAGCAGUUCUAAAGAAAAAUCGAAAUGAAUGUGAAUUUAAUUAAAAAGUGAAUCUCUUGUGAUUUUUAUUAUUAUUAUUAUAUUUUCCAGAAAGCAUGGUACAUAUAUGUAAAUCCCAGACGUCAGUGUAGGCCAGACCUGUUUCAUGUGAAGUGUGUAAAUGUGAUUGUGUGAUGUAUUUAAGUUGUGUGCUGGUAGAUUGGUGUGGGAUAAAGUCCAUGGACAUGAGUCUUCGAGUCUUUAGUGUUUUUGCCACUUUUCUUUUUUUCCUCCCAUUUGUUUUUUUAUUUCCUCUAAGACAUGGUUUCAUUACAAGUGGAUUGUUGCAAAUAAAAACCGUAAAAUACUA